GUAUUUCAAAUAACACGGAACGAUCCGUAUUUCGAAUCCAAUGAUUGGUACUCUCUCUAUCCGAAAAAUGCACCAUUCCCUCCAACUUCACCCGUCUUUCCUUUUUACCUUCCUAUCGCCUAAAAUCUCGGCAAAACCCGUCCAAGCCGUCCAAAUCCCCCCCACUCAGCUUUCUGCAAAAUUCGACUUCUCCUCCGUCUGCUGCUUCAAAUCCGAUGAAUACCCCGUCGGCGAGGAGGACAACGUCUUUCUUCAAUCAUUCGGACCAAAAGAAAAGGAAUCUGAAGAUGAAGCUCGACGCCGCAACUGGAUUGAGCGAGGUUGGGCUCCGUGGGAGGAAAUCCUCACUCCGGAAGGGGAUUUCGCCCGGAAAUCCCUAAACGAGGGAGAGGAAGUCCCGCUUCAGUCACCUGAGGCCAUUGAAGCCUUCAAAAUGCUACGCCCUAGUUACCGGAAUAAGAAAAUGAAGGAGAUGGGUUUGACUGAAGACGAGUACUACGCUAAGCAGUUCGAGAUCAAGGGGGAAAUACCCGAGCCUCUGAACACCUUGUGGUCUGGCCCGCUGGUCGUCCGUCAUGUGCCACCUCGGGACUGGCCUCCAAGGGGAUGGGUGGUAGAUCGGAAGGAGCUGGAGUUCAUUAGAGAGGCGCACAAGUUAUUGGCAGGAAGGGUUGACUAUGGUAAUUUGGAGGAGAGGGACGUGGAGAAGUCUGAUGGCUUGAACUUGGACAGAUAUAGUAUGUUCCUGAAGCAGUACAAAGAAUGGGUUGCGGCUAACAAGAAUAGAUUAGAAAAGGAGUCGUAUAAGUAUGACCAAGACUACUACCCUGGUAGACGGAAAAGAGGAGAGGAUUACCUGGAGGGAAUGUAUGAACUUCCAUUUUACUACCCAGGACAAAUUUGUGCAGGGAAAGUGACUGCAAUACACCUUUAUCAAGGAGCUUUUGUAGAUAUUGGUGGUGUCCAUGAUGGGUGGGUUCCUAUAAAGAGAAAUGACUGGUUCUGGAUUCGACAUCAUAUUGAAGUUGGUAUGCAUGUCAUUGUUGAACUUUUGGUAAAAAAGAGAUCCAUACCGGUUUCGGUUCCCAAUUGAGAUGCGGUUUGUUGAUCCAAAUAUAGAUCACCUAACGUUCAACCGAUUUGAUUCUGCACCAAUAUUUCACCGGGAAGAAGAUACCAAUCCAGAUGAGCUACGUCGUGAAAGUGGAAGACCUCCAAUUCCUAGAAAAGGCCCUGGCUUCAAAGUGGAAGAAGAUCCAUUGUUAUCAAAUCACCCUUAUGUGCAGAAGUUAUGGCUGAUUCAUAAUGCUGAACAAUUGCUUUUGGAUGAUAUGGAGUCUAAUCCUGAUAAAUAUGCGGGCAAAAAGAUGACUGAGUUAACAGAUGACGAGGAAUACGACAAAGAUAAUCGUGUUGAGUACACCGAAACUUAUUAUCAGAAAGCUCUACUUCCAAAAACAAUUGUGAGACUAAGUGUAAAUGAUCUCGAUGUUGAAGCUGCCUUUAUUGAGCGUCAGCAUCAUAUUAAGAUGAGUAAAGAAGCAAAAGGACGAGGAGAGCGAUACAAAAUUACCAAGUUGAGGCGUAAUGUUGAAAUGGAUGAAUAUGACUUAAUCCAUUGGCGACGAUCAGUGGAGGAAAGAGAGGCUCUUAUCCGAGAUAUUAGCUGCCGUUACGCACUUGGGCUUCCACUACAAGAGCCUGGGAGGUAUGUUGAUCCUAGCAUUAUACGGAAGGAUCAAUAUGAUCCUGAAAGCCCACUAUAUCAGUAUGACUAUUGGGGAGAACCUAAAAAUUCAGAAAAGAGUAAGCAGGAGCGGAUUACAAAUGCCCACAAUAAAUCAAUAAUCGGAAAUGGUACUGUUCUGUCUGAAAUGUCGUAUGAGGAUGCCAUGAAGCAGCAAAUGCAGAGGGAAGCUCAAGGGGUCGUGGAGAAGGUGGGUGACAAAUUGGGUGAAGACGGAGACAGUGAUGACGAUGAUGACUUCUAUUACAGUAUCCUAAGUGACUCAAGUGAGAAUCUUUCCACCCAACCUCAUGUAAAUGGUACUGAAUCUUCUAGCCUGUCAGAUGAAGGAAUGUUUCAGGAUUAGCUAGAAGGGUCUUUGUUCGUGCGCACUAUUCUUGCAGCUUUCUGUUUAACUGUGUGAGUGUAAAGUGUCUGUCUAUGACAUUGACAGAGAAUAUUUGUGAGAGGUUGCAGACUUGCAGCAUUCCCUCCAGUUUGAGCUCGAGUCUUUUACCAACACACACACUUUUACUUUGUUGGCAAACGAUUUACAUUAAGAAUUUUAAUCCCAUCAUACUUUACUAGUAUAUUGGCAAUCCAUCACCGCAUUUCCACUUAUUAAUUAGUCUUUGG